CUCCACUUGGUCUCCCCCACUCUGCUACAGAAACCACGGCUCCUGUACCAUCCGCUCUAUUUACUAGUAUAUGCGGAUGGGGCAACGGUCCAGAUAGCCGCCAUGUCAACUGAGCCCCUCUUACCGUCUUAUGCUUCUGCUACUCAGCAUGAUGCCAGUCCCCAUGUCAGACGCCAUUCUGCCCGUCGACGGACCUCCCUUAUCAUUCCAGCGGCUCCCGUCAUCCAAACCUUGAGUGGGCUCACAUUCAUGACAACGGCGAUCAUCUCCACCGUCUGGGCUUACCGAAGCUAUGCCCCUCCCCCAGAGCCGUCACCAGCUGAGCCGCCUUCGUUACUCCCGUAUUUCGCAUCGCUAUGCCUCACCAUCUCGCUCGGCUUCUGGGUUGGGUACUUACUUUUCAUACUGUAUGAUGGAGCCGGCGGGCCAAGAAUGCAACGCAAAGUCGUCAUCGGGGCAUCCACCGUAGGAAAGUUGGUUCUAGCGGGGGCUCAUAUAGGGGUUUGGCUGGGGUACAAAUAUCUUCUCACUGGCCCGAAGCAGCCAAGCUGGGCACUGAUGUUCAUGGCAACACAAGCAUGGUGGGAUGUUCUGCUGUUCGUUGUUUAUUCAUGUCUGAGAGCGCCAGUGGAACCACGAGUAAGAUGGUGAGGUGGGUGGCACUGUUGAAUCGGCUUGGCUGCUAUCGAGUUUGUUUCGUGGUUUCAGUACACAUACUUUCCUCCUUGAACGGCGAGUAUGUUAACGAUGUUCAGACGGUCGUAGAUUAAUGGUUCUUCCUUUCCCCAGACAGUGAGUGCCUAUGACAAGUUUCUUCGGCUGCAGGGACCUUGUAAAAGACACGAUGAGCUUUCCAUGGUAGCUUAUCUUAUUUGAGCCAUUUUGAAAUUUAAUUGCUUCCCGAAAUUGCCCAUGACUGCAUCCUCUCUGUCUCUACUAUUCUCUUUCUCGCCAAGUAGAUAACCAACCGCAUAGCCAUGCCCGUUUGGGUUAAGGGCGCGG